CAGACAUUCACCUGUCGGUCAUUGGUUUCAGGCUGAGGGAAGGCAGUGAAUCUAUCAGUUUUGCUCACAUUUGUUCUAAGAAAUCUCCUGCUGCAGACCUCCCAAGUUUUUCGGAGGAUAAUCAAAAGGAUGAAGGUUGAUAUUCAUAAUCAUAUUUUACCAAAGGAGUGGCCCGAUUUGAAACAGAGGUAUGGAUAUGAUGGGUUUGUCCAGCUUCACCAUCACUGCAAGGGUGAAGCAAAAAUGAUGAAGGAUGGGAAGUUGUUCCGAGUGAUUCAGGAAAACUGCUGGGAUGCCGACGCACGCAUUCAAGACAUGGAUCAACAUGGUGUGACCGUUCAAGCCCUCUCUACUGUUCCUGUGAUGUUCAGUUACUGGGCCAAACCUCAUGACACACUGGAUCUCUGCGUCAUUUUAAAUGACAAUUUGGCCGAGACGGUGCGUAGUCACCCUAAGAGGUUUGUGGGCCUGGGAACGCUGCCCAUGCAAGCUCCUGACUUGGCCGUCCUGGAGAUGAGGCGCUGUGUGAAGGAGCUGGGCUUCCCUGGGGUGCAGAUUGGCUCACAUAUCAACAACUGGGACCUCAACGCCUCUGAACUCUAUCCCUUCUAUGCUGCAGCUGAGGAGCUGGGCUGCUCCAUAUUUGUCCACCCAUGGGACAUGCAGACAGAUGGGAGGAUGGCUAAGUAUUGGCUGCCCUGGCUGGUGGGCAUGCCCUCAGAGACAACCAUGGCUAUUUGCUCGAUGAUAUUUGGAGGUGUCUUCGAGAGAUUUCCUAAACUGAAAGUCUGCUUUGCUCAUGGAGGCGGUUCUUUCCCAUUCACCAUUGGCAGAAUUGAACAUGGCCACACGGUCCGGCCUGACCUGUGCGCAGUCGACAACAAGAUCAGCCCACGGAAAUACCUCGGAUCUUUCUACACUGACUCCCUAGUUCACGAUCCCACCUCCCUGAAGCUGCUCGUCGAUGUUAUCGGGAAAGAUAAAGUGAUGCUGGGAACAGAUUAUCCAUUUCCACUGGGUGAGCUGCAGCCUGGAUCACUGAUUGAGUCAAUGGAUGAGUUUGAUGAAACACUAAAGGAUAAGCUACUUGCUGGAAACGCACUGGAAUUUUUGGGCCUGAAACGAGAGCAAUUUGAGUGAAAUACAACUGCGAUUCAGUGCAAAACACUCAUUCAGACUUGUAUAUUUUGAUGAUUAAAAACAUCAUGUAGGUUGUAUUGGAGAUAUAACCAAUUUCAUUGUGGUUUGAUAUAAUGAAGUAAACAUUUUACUGUCA